AUGAACUCCAAUAAAACUUAUUCAGAGACUACUUGUGAUUGUAAAAGUUUGAAAUUGAAUGUAUCAGCCAAUAAGCAUGAAACUAAUUUGUAAGUCCAUAAAAUUAAAAUUAGUUCAAAUAGACCAGCAUCUAGUAGUAAAGCAUCUUCCAGUACAAUUCGAAAGAAAUCAUCAAGGUACAAAUGUUUAAGAGAUUUUAGUGACUUUUAAGCAAUGUAAUAGACAUUGGGAUAAGGUUCAUUUGGUUGGGUCACUCUAGUUAAAGAGAUAUCAACAGGCAAAUUAUUGGCAAUGAAGGCUGUAUAGAUAAUUUUUGUUAUAGUAUACAGAUGAAAAAGGCAGAAUUGUUUAAAUACUGCACAGUUGACAAUUUAAAGAGGGAAAUCAAAAUUUAACGUAAAUUAAACCAUCCAAACAUAAUUAAAUUAGAUAGUUAUUUUGAAGAUAAGGUAUAAGACUAAUUUAUAUUCUUAGACUAAUGUAUACUUGAUACUGGAAUAUGCAGAAGGUGGUUCUUUAUUUAAAUAAAUUAAGAAACAGCGUCAUCUCUCUGAAGAUGAAGCUUCUCAUUAUCUUUAUUAAACUUGUCUUGGAAUCGAUUAUCUACAUAAAUAAAAAAUUAUACAUAGAGACAUAAAGGUUAUUUUUAAGUUCUAUUGUGUAGCCAGAAAAUCUCUUGCUUGAUAAUAAAGGAAAUAUAAAAAUUUGUGAUUUUGGUUGGUCAACUGAAAUGGGAAAUUUGAAAAAAGCGUUUUGUGGCACAAUCGAAUAUAUGGCACCUGAAAUGAUUAAAUCUCAGAGUACUAAUUAUAAACUGGAUAUAUGGUGUUUGGGUGUUUUACUCUAUGAAAUGGUAUAAGGAAAGCCUCCAUUUACAGGAAGAAAUGACUAAGAAAAAUGCUCAGCUAUUCUAUCUGGAUUACCUCUUAAAUACGAUGAAUAUGUUACAGAAGAUUGCAAAUCUCUUAUAGCUAUGAUUCUCUAACAAAACCCUUUCAAUAGACCUUCUAUAUAAGGUAUCCUUAAUCAUCGUUGGAUGUAAUCUAAAAUUAAAUAACAUUAACCUCUCAAUGAAAACUUAACUUAUCGAAGUGUCUCAUUAUUAAUUGAUGAAUAAAAUCAAUCUCCUUUAUAAACUUCAUAAACUGUGAUGUCUGAACGCAAAACUACUAAUAAAGAAUGGGAAGAUAUGAAAUAGAGAUCCCAACAUUUUGUAUUCCAACACACUUAACAAGUGUCUGAGCAACCCUAACAAACUUUCUUUAAACGUAUACUAAUUUCCCUUGGUUGUAUUAAUCGUUGA